AUGACAGGAAAGAUUUUCAAGGGCAAGGUUUUCCUGCUGGUGACCGGGGCGAGCCAGGGCAUCGGGAGGAAAAUCGCCGAGGUCCUCGGCUCGACUUUAGAAAGCGGCUCGCUGGUCUUGCUCUUGGCCAGAAAUGCGGAGAAUUUGAAGGGAACGGCGGAUAAUAUGCCAAAAACCUUGGCCGUUGAAUAUCGAAGCGUCGACUUGAGCAAAGCUACAGCUGAGGAGCUUCGAUCGAUCAUUGAUGGUGCUCUUGUCAAGGAUUCGGGAGCUGAUGCUGCGAGUAAAUUUGACGAAAUAGUCGUUGUACAUAACGUUGGGUCGAUUGGCGAUGUUACGAAAUUUGCUGUUGAUAUGACAGAUUUCGAUUAUUGGAGACAAUACUAUGAUUUAAAUGUUUUUUCUCCUGCUGUUUUGAAUGGUGUCUUUAUGAAUGUAUUUAAAGGAAAGAAUAUCAAAAGACACGUUAUCAAUAUUACUUCUGCGUGUGGAAUUCAACCAUUCAACUCUAUGGGUUAUUAUUGUUCAGGAAAAGCUGCAAGGGAAAUGUAUUUUAAGGUUUUCGCCAAAGAAAAUCCUGAUGUAAAUGUAUUAAAUUAUUCACCUGGACCAGUAGAUACAGAAAUGUUGGACACAGUGACUGAUAAUAUAGUUGAUCCAACGACCAAAGAAAUAUUUAAAGACUUAAAAGAAAACGAGCGAGUACUGACAACUGAUCAAACUGUAAAAAAGUUUUUAGACAUUCUAUCAAGUAAAAAAUACGAGUCCGGAGACCAUGUGGAUUAUUAUGACGAGCUGUGAAUCUCGAUGUUUAUUGUACUUGCUUUCAAAUUUUUCUCACGCGCAACAAUAUUUUUUAAAAGAUUCCGCUUAUAUGUAUCGUCUUGUUACUGUAAAACUUAUGUUUAAACUGUAAAUAUAUUAGUAUUUGAAA